AUGGAAUCUGAGCUCAUUAAGCUGAAAAACCAAAAAGCCCGCUUAAUGAGGCAGUCAAUCUUAAACCAACAGGCUUAUGAAGCUUUACUUGACGAGAAAAACAACCUUAUUGACAAGAUCGUAGAUAUGGAAAAUCAAAUUCCUGAGGAUUUUGAAACAGAGCCUGAUAUUUUGGUAGAAGAAGAAGACCAGUUAGAAAAGCCAAAAACAAUAGAAAAUGAUAUGCUGAAAAACAGCUUGCUUUAUCAUGGAACUGUUAUACUUACCAGAGUCACUGCAUUGCAAAGGUAUUUUCAAGGAUUUUUCGGUUCACAUUCAAGCCCAUCUCACCCAAUUAAUUUUGUGUCGGUACAAAACUGAGAAUAUGUAAUUGUCUUGCCGAACCCUGAUUUCCCUACUUUUUUAGGCAGAUCUAUCACCUUGUUUCAGGCUGAGAAAUUAUUUAAAAAAUGCUUUAACCCUGAAUACUCACAAAAUAUGGAAACUCUUAGAAAUAACCAGCUGGUCGAGCUUUCUGCUUAUAAAAAGUGCUUAGACUUAAUCCCAGACGUUGGGAAAGAUAAGCAGUUUAAGUAUGGCGGAAGAAUCAAGAAAACUCAAUUUAAUGCCUUCAUGGACUUAGGAGGACCACCUAAAGACGUGCUGACUUUAAUUAGAAAUGUUCUGCUAGUCAAGCUAGGGAUCCAUUUGGGACUAUAUACAAGGCAAGUUAUUAGUGAAAAUGGCAAGUAUAUUUAUUUAUUGAUUUAUGCCCAUGAAAAUGAGCUGCUUAAAGAAGCAGAAGCUAUAGAAUUUAAUUUGCAGCUGGAAAUAGGAGUAACAGACCUAGCGUCAUUAGAGCCUUGUGAUAAGUCGUAUAGGCCGUACAGAGUUUUGACCUGCCCAUCAGAUAUUAAGAUGCUAUUAAAAGGGCUGGACGAAGAUUACAGCGAAAUAAUGAACUCUUUCAGAUUUAAUGAGUCAGAAGGCCAAGAAUACGAGCCUAAUGGGGUUACAUCCCAAGAUUGAGAGUCCUACAAAAUGUAUUUGUUUCAGCUACGGCAAGGCCUGGACGAGCUAAAAGAGGUCCAGCUGCCUUUUAACCAGCGAAUGAUGUACUACCAAAAACUAAUCAGAAACUGCAUGGAUAAUGUAAAUGCUUCUAGAUUUGACAAAUUUAAGCUAAAAAAUCUAUGAGACAGGCUAAAACUUCCUAAGCCAAUUGGUGCUUAUUGUGAUUAUAAACAAAAAAUUGACCCUGUAACUGAUGAAGAUAAGUACUCAAACUUGUGAAGAAGGCACAAAAUUGAUCAGAAUGAAAGAAGAUCAAUUUUCAGGAACACAGACAGGCUAAAGCUACUGCAAUCUCUUAUCAGCCGACAAGUGAAAUUGCAGUAUUUACAACGUAAAGGAGCAAUCAUAGCUCAUUUCCCACUUACUAAUAAGUGAGAGCUAAAUGGAAAAGAAAACCUGGCUAACAUGACAGAUGACCUAAAUAUGAACACAAUUUUUUCACAAGUUUCUAUAGGAUAUUUAAAUGAGAGAAAAAAGCAUGCUCAAGGACUAGCUAAUAUAUGGAAAGGAGAUUUUUUUGGAAGGAGGAUCCCUCUAGGCAAAAUCCGUGGGUAUUUUGGAGAAAAAAUUGGGCUAUAUUUUGCAUUUUUAGGGUUUUAUAGUAACGCUUUAAAAAUCCCAGGAAUAAUUGGGCUUGUGGUAUUUAUUUUUCAAAGGAGCUAUCCAGAUGACAGCAAUUUUGUAACAGUCCUGAACGCAUUUUACUGCAUUUUUAUAGCGACAUGGGCAACUUGUUUAUUAGAGUACUGGAGGAGAAAAGAAAAUUGUUUAGCAAUCAAGUGGGGGCAGAUGGAUUAUGAAGAAGACGAGGUACCAAGAUCACAGUUCAGAGGAGAAACUAGAAGGUCUCCAAUUGAUGACGAUCUUGAAGAAGUCUUCUUUCCUGCAGGAAAGAGAAGACUGUAUCUUAUGCUUACCUAUUUCACGUCCUUGCUGUUUAUUCUUCUAGUUCUUGGCAUUGUUGCAGGGAUAAUUGUUUUGCGCUGGACUCUGACUGAUUAUCUUUUAUAUUCUGGCUAUGAUUUUGCUGGGCCGGUAUGCUCUGUUUUGAAUGCUUUUCAGGUGCAGAUUUUUAACUUUAUAUACGGGAAAUUAGCAAUUAAAUUGAAUGAUAGAGAAAAUCAUAGGACUCAGAGCUCAUAUGAAAACUCAUUAAUUAUAAAAACUUAUACGUUUCAGUUCAUCAAUUCAUUCAAUUCUCUUUUUUACAUAGCAUUUUUAAAAACCAGCAUGGAAGGCUGCAUCGUUGAUGACUCAAACGGCAAAAAAGUUAGAAAGGUCGGGGCUAACUGCAUGGGCGAGCUUUACACCCAACUAAUUUCACUAUUUAUCGUAGCCUUUUUGAAAAACGCUGUCGAGCUUGGCUGGCCUUAUGUGCAAUACAGAAUGAAGAAAAAUGAAUUUUACCUUGGAGAAGAAGAAAGAAAAAAGCUUCUUUCUUUGGUUUCCGCUGAUGAAUUUGGAGCGCUGAGAGAUGAAAUUGACAUUCAAAUCCAAAAACCAGCAUAUAUUACAAGAGAAGUUGAUGGGACAUUAGGAGAUUAUAUGGAAUUGGCUGUAUUGUUCGGGUAUAUUACUCUAUUUGCCGUCGCUUUUCCGCUGUCGUGCUCCCUUUCUUUACUGAUGUGCUUAUGUGAGCUGCAAGUCGAUAAAUAUAAACUUUUGUAUUUAGUAAGACGGCCACAGCCUAUGGGGGCAAGAGGCAUUGGAACCUGAUGGGCAAUUUUCAACAUAAACUGCGUCAUAGCUAUUUUCACCAAUGUAGCGCUCUUGUGCUUUACAAUGCCUACUUUUGACGACUGGCAGGUUGCUAGUGAUAAUAUUUAUGCCACUUUUGCGGUUUUUUCUAUAUGCUUAAUAGUCUUCCGGAGUUUUCUGCAAAAAGCUAUUCCAGAUAUCCCAGAAAAAUAUCUUUAUGUUUUUAAAAGACACCAAAACAUAGAAGAUAGGCAUCUCAGAGGCUGGGAGUACAGCAAAGGCAAGGUUGCAGGGCAGAUGGAAAGCGGAAUUGACCCAAAAAUCUACUGCACAGUUAAGCCUGAAAAUAUAAUUGUAUCAUAA